AUGGGCCUCACCAAGAAGAAGGCCGCGCGUAAGACUGCCAAGAAGGAAAAGGCGGCGUCCGCGUCAGCAACCGACGUCCCUUCUUUGCUGGACAAGGCGAACGUCCUCCUCGCUCAGUCCAACUUUGACCUUGCCAUCAAGUUCCUGGAACGGGCUCUCGAGCUCGAGCCUGGUAACCUUGAGGCGCGCGAGCUGGCUGGGGUUGCUGAGCUUGAGGGAGGUGACGUGGACCGUGGCCGCGCUCACCUUCUCCACCUCUUCCCCCCACACGCCGCCGCGAACCCCGACUCCCCGAGCCCCUACCUCUACCUGGCGCAGACGGCAGACGGACCCGAGGAGGCUUUAGGGUACUACUCUACCGCGACGGCGAUGAUUGAGAACGCCCUGAACGCUAAGGGCAAGGGGCGGGCUGGCGAGGAGGACGAGGAGGAGCUCCGCAAGAUGGCGCUGACGGCGAUCGUUGCCAUGAUCGAGAUCUGGAUGAGCGACUUGUGUUUCGAAGAGGCCGCGUCGAGUAACUGCGACGGCCUGGUCGCGCGGGCACUGUCCAUCUCACCCAACGACCCAGAAGCGCUCAUGGCCCUGGCGUCUAUUCGGAUGAGCCAGAGCAAGUUCGACGACGCAAAGGAGGUGGUCCUCAAGAUCUACCGCGACAUGGAAGGGCGGGAUCCCUUCGAUCCCAUGCUUCCGCCCUUGCCGGUGCGGCUGCAGUUCACUCGUCUCCUCCUCGAGCACGGGCUGCACAUGGAGGCGUUGGACGUCAUCACGACGGGACGCGAGGAGGACAGUCUCGAGGUCGAGAGCGCAUACCUUGAGGGCUGGACGUGGCACCUGCGUGCCCAGACGCUCGAGGAGGCACCCACUCAAAACUGGGCGGAUAUGGAUGACGACGAGGAGCCGAUGAACGCCGACGAGUGCUAUGCCGAGUCUCUCCGGGCCCUCCUCGAGGCCGCCAAGCUGUUCACAGAGCAGGACUACCCAGACGAGGGCAUCGGCUCUCAUCUCCAAGAACUCAUUGGAGGCCUGCAGAAGCGCGGCGUCAAGCCGGCCGUGCAUGCGGUGGAGGACGAGGGGGAGGACGACGGCGACGUGGAGAUGUCUUAG